AUGGCCCUCACCAGAGUCUUGUGCGCAUUUCUGUUUGUAUGUGUCGCGCUGUGUCAGGCAGGGAAGAUUGACUAUGUCGGAGGGUUGUCGGAUCUCAAGCUCGACCACCAGGAUAAACUAUCGUGGCUCGAAACAUUACAGGAGAAACAGGUAAGGAGCAUGGUGUUCUGUACCUUUUUAGGGUUUGUGAAAGUUAGGCGAUAUAACGUUUAUUUUGUGGAACGUGCUUGUGUUGAAUGAAAUGAGUGGAUCUGUCCAUGGACCUGAAAUUGCUCAUUGGUAGUAAACACACAAAAUGAUAGGCUACUUCACUUUAGAUGUUUUCUUUUAGCAGGCUAGCCUACCUAUGCUAGGCUAUAGACUAUUUUAAUUAACAAGGAAUGCAUUUAACAUCUUAUAUAUAGGCUAUAUUCUACACAUCAAAUAUUGCUAACACUGUCCACUGUCUAUCUAUGCAGACUUAACUUACUUUACAGGAUUUGACAAUAAGCUUUUUCCUUUCACAGGUAUCCACCGACGACAAAUACCACCUCGCCUGGCUGCUAUACAAGCUUUUAAAGUCACACAGCGACCAGUUCAAAUCAAACGUUCUCCCUCAUGGCCCGGAGAGUGGUGGGGUACAGGAGAGUAGGCACGAGACUACGCCACAGAAGGACAAGCGCGUUCGCAAAGCCAGAUGCAGAGUAUUCUUUUGGAAGUCAUGGACCGCAUGCUGA